AUGCAAGUGGUUGCAUUAAUUGCAUUCCAUGUCUCCUUGGUGCAAAGUGCUUGGCACGCCAAUCUCUUCGAGACAUCAAGGAUGAUGCAAGCUUUCACACAGAUCAAGGACUAUGAAAACGAAUUUGGUUCCGAAAUGAACGUCCCAAGCAUUGUGGUGAUUGGAGUGGAAAGCGCUGGCAAAUCCACCCUGCUAUCAGCCAUUGUCGGAGUUCCUCUGACCUUCACCCAGGGCAACACCGGGACACGCUGUCCGGUGCGCUACCGUCUUCGCUAUGGUGAAGAUGCCAAAGACCCUGAAGUCAAAGUUAUGGGACAAGUCAUCCCUCCUGAAAAAUUGCCAGAGAAGGUUCAGCUGCACAUGGAGUCUUUGGCUGGCACUUUUCGUGCAGAUACCUUCGACGUGGAGAUCACCUCAAGGCAUGUACCAGACUUGGAGAUGAUUGACAUGCCUGGCAUCAUUGCCCAUCCGAAUCCCAAGGAUCCUGCUGAGAUCGCCCAGGCCGAGGAGGUCGAGAGGAUUCAAGCCAAGUUCGUUCGAAACCGAAACAUGGCCAUUGUCGCAGUGGUGAAAUGCACUGAGAGGUUCAAGACAAUAGCUGACUUCAAGUUUUUGGAUGAUGUCGCAACGAAGGAAGGACUUGUUGACCUCCCGCCCAGGCGAGAGUGGAGGAGCCAGGUGCUUAUUGUAGCCAACAGGCUCAACCAGCAGGUAGACACUUGGUCGAUGCAAGUUGCAAAUUCAUAUUUUGCGGAGGCGCGGGAGCAAGGAAAUGCAUACAAAGGCAUAUUCUUUGUAGCUCUGCGGCCGCCAGUUGCUGGAGUUGUCGACCCUGACGCUGCCCCAUAUGACCAAAAGAAGGCUUACUACGAGAAAUUGGAGGUUGUUGAGCACCAGUGGCUUCAGGGUUUGAAGCAAGCCAUGUCAAACAAAAGUUCUGGUGUGCCUUGGAAUCCAGCAAAUGACGGUAUGUUUGGACUUGCCAACGUCAAAGACAGCAUUGUGAACACUUGGAGAGAGGGGUUUCUGGCAAAAUUGCCGUCUCUUUCUAGCAAGAUCGAGAAGGAAAGGCAACAUUCCAAACAAAGAAUGCAUGAGCUUGAAGAGAAAUUGCGUAUGGUAGACCUAAAGCUUUUGCGCCAGAAAAUGAAAGACUUCUUGGCUGACUUUGUCCAUCGGUACCAAGCCUUGGCAACAGGGCAAGCUGUGAAGGACUUGCAAGGCCGAGAUGUCACAAGCUUCAAGCUCUCACGCAUGCACAUCUACGACCCAGCACGCUAUGGCAAGACUUUCGAGGAGGAGAUGAAAAUGACUCCAAUUGACAAGAGCAGGUGUGGGUGGCUUCUGACUUGGGAGGAGUUGCUUUCAGACCAGAGGCUUGGAGCACAAGACCAGCACCUCGGAGAGGAGUUGAGUAUGCAAUACCUCGGCAUGGCAUCAUAUGAACGUUCCUUGAAGAUCAUGGAAUACAUGAUGAUCGCGCGGAACUUCGAUCAUGUGUCUGACGACAAUAUCCGCAUCAUGGCACGAGGGCAUUCCAAAUAUGGCACUGGAGCAUUCCCGUCCAAUGAAGUGGUGCUUCAAAUCGCCUCCGACCAGGUACACCAGCUCAAUGGAGGAGUAGAAUGGUACACGGAUUUUCUACAGGCCAACUUUGUUGACUACAUGAACCCAGUCAUGGAGUACAUGAGCCAUUCUACUCAGUACGGCAUGGUGACGUCAUCAGACAAGUUUAUGCUGAAGCUGCGACAGCACUUUGAAGGUGUGGUAGCGAGGCGCAUCAGUGGUGUCGUUGAGAUGUAUGGAAACGAUGUCCGUCGGUACACACGUUUCCGUGCAAUCGAUGUGAUCACCAAGCUUCACAUGGCCUCUGCAAUGCUUCCCAUGGAAAAGAUCAUCCCCACCGAGGCCAUGUUGCUUCCGGAGCCUGCAAUGGCAACGAAGGUGUCAACUCAAUCUUCUGUCCGAACGCAAGGUGAGUACGUGAUGCCCGUGAACAGUCCAAGACAGAAGAAGGUGGUUGCUGAGCGCGAGCUCAAAAAGUUGGAGGCCAUUCGAAGCAUGUCAACAUGUCAGUGUCAUGACCCAAAGUUAUUCAACAUUGGAGACUUUGUUCAGGGAGGGUAUGCGCAAGUCUAUCCGAUGGAGUGGUCGAUGAUUGACUUCGACUACUUGCGGAACACUGCCUACCAGUACUACGUGCGAAUUGCAAUGAUCCUCUCUGAGCUUCUUCGUGCUACACUUCAUUCUGAGUUUCUGGACAAUUUGCUGGAUACCAGCGAGAAGACCUUGAUGAAAGACAUCUUGAACAUUGAAUCUGAGCCAACUGGACAGCUUCGGGUGGUGCUCGAUGAUGCCGAGGCUCCGAGCCAAAAUGAGACGAACCAGAAUGGCAAGGAGCAGGAGGAUGAGGGCCCACUUCUGCGUGGUAAAGUAAGAUGGUUUAAUGCGAAGAAGGGUUUUGGUUUCAUUGAGCCCUUGGAUGAAGCAGCCAAUGUCCUGGAGAAGGACCUUUUUGUGCACCGAAACCAGAUACUCUCAGGUGCAGAGAAGCCGGAAGAGGGUGAAGCAGAAGCCUUUGCAUCUCUGGAGGCUGAGGAGUUGGUCACCUUCCGUCUUGGUCAAACUGAUGAUGGGCGGAUGUGUGCUGUUGGUGUGAAGACUGCCGAGGCUGGUGAUGCAGAUGCUCCCGAGGAGACCCAGGAGCAAGCAGAGGAAAAUGGCGAAGUCGAUGGCUCUGAGGCAUCCUCGGUGGAGAUAGACCUGGAAGAGGAGUUAAAGUGUGGCUUUCACCAGGACAAGGCGGAAGGCAAGGAGACCUGCGAAGACUUCUUGGUUGACAAAGUGAAACUGCCGAUCAACGUGCUUGGUGAGACUGCAUCUUUCGUGUUUUUCGGCGUCUUUGACGGUCAUGGUGGACCUUACUGUGCAGAACAUGUGUCCACUCACUUGGGCAAGAACAUCCUUGCCCGGCUCAGAGACCGAGCCAGAAAUGUCAGCGAUGAGAUCGCUGUGAAGACUGCCCUGCUGGGUGGCUUCAAGCAGACGGAGCAUAACUACCUGCAACAUGCGAAGAAGACGGACGACUGCUCGGGGAGCACGGCCUGCACCAUGACCGUGUUUGGACCUGAUGAGCAAAUGCGCCUGCGUCUUUUUCUGGCCAACUGUGGGGACUCGCGGGCGGUGCUGUGUACCGCAGGCGCUGCACAGCGUCUCACUGAGGACCACAAACCGAACCUUCCUGCGGAGAAGAAGAGAAUUGAGGCUGCAGAUGGAGGGGUGGUGGAAGUGCAGGGUGUUUGGCGCUGUGUAUUGCCACAAAAGAAGCGCCUCACCAGCAAGAUCGCCGGCUUGGCGGUGUCUCGCAGCUUUGGGGACAACGACUUCAAAGGUCCUGACAUUGUCAGUGCAGAGCCUGAGAUCACCGUCCACGAGGCUGAGAUUUGGCUCAGGUUUGUAAUCCUCGCAACGGACGGCAUCUGGGAUGUCCUGACAGACAAGGAUUCAGUGGCCCUGGUCCGGCACCACUUGCUCACUGGCCAGACAGAACAGCAGGCUGCGGAGGCCUUGGUAAAGCGUGCGCGUGAAAAAGGCAGCCAAGAUGACUGCACAGCCAUGGUGGUGCGCUUUGCAUGGGCCUCCAAGGGGACUUGCCAGGGAGAAGCCGUGGAGCCGGAAGGUGAGGCAGAGCCUCAAGCCCACGUCCCAGAGGAGGGUGCAAAUGGCGAGAUGGAGGCCACUUGGAAGGGUGAAGGGAUGCAUGCGUGCUUUAGCUGCUAUGGUGAACAGAGCAUGGCACUCUUGGAAUCCUUGGUUGAAUGCCACGGCAAGUUGGAUGCAGAGGACUUUGCAAAGCGACUGGAGGCCAGGUUUGGAAAGGCCAGUCCGUAUGAGGUGGAGGCUGUUGAUCAGGAGAACUGGCCGGAGCUGAAGACGAAUCCCACGGAUGCCGAGGGGAACGUCAUCGAAGCGGAGAGGAAGUGGUCCAUGCCGUUGCCGGGCCCCUGGCGUCAUGGCUCCAUCAAGGGCUUUCUUAAGAACUUUGUGAAUGAGAAGAAGCUCUAUCCAGAGUGCGGCUCCACUGAUGAACAGGUGGACGGAGUUUGCAAAGUCGCUCCAGUGGUAGCUUUAUUUGCCGGAGACCCCAACAUGCUGCCCACAGUUGAUACGGCCGUCCGAGUCGUGCAGAACACUGACAAGGCUGCCGCGUUUGCCUGUGGCUUUGCACGUGUCUUGGAGAAACUGGUGCUCGGCACAGCUUCUGUCCAAGAAGCGAUUGCUUUGGCAACGAAGGAGUUGAUGGAUCCCGAGCGUGCUUUCAAAACGACCUUGGACGAUCAAGUGGCCAAGACGUUGGAGCGUGUCGUCGGUGAACUGGCAGGGCUGUCGCAUUCGGAUGCAGGCAUGAAGCUGAAACCUGAAGCUGAACCAACUUAUGUUGAAGCUGUUGAGGCCAGCAUUGCCUGCGGUGGUUGCACUGCAAGCCGUGCCUCCAUUGCAGGUGCCUGCUUCGGCUCCAUCUCUUCAGCCGAGGGAAUUCCCGUGGAGUGGGUGGCCACCACGACACAGGGUGCUCGGGUUCAGGAGCUGGCGGAGAAGCUGGUCGGGGAAGAGGAAGAGGAAGAGAUGAUGGAGGAUGAUGCAGAGGCAGAAGCUGAGGCUUUGGCACAAAUGGCAAAGGCUAUGGCUGCCAAUCCAGGAGCUGUAUUGGGCCCUGAUGGGGAGGAAGAUGAGGCAGAGGAUGUUGCAACCGAAGCCCGUCCACUGACACCCUUGAAAUCCAAGGCAGAAGAUCGCGAUAUUUUUGCCGACGGUGAGACGGAAGAGCAAGACGAGGAAGCUGCUGGUCUCAAGCGCUGGGAUAAAACCAACGCAACAGGCGCGCUAAUCUCGCCGCUCUUCGAAGGGCUUGGCCCCACCAAAGAAGAGCUGGCAGCUGGCCAAGAUGGCCAAGGUAGCUCAGUGAUUGGCGGCCUGCUCAAGGAUGUCGGCGACAAGGCAGAUGCUGAAGAGCGCGCAGAAGCCAAAGAAGCCGUAGAUGCCGAUAUGGAUAUGUUCGGCUAA